AUGAACCAUUCCAUAACUAUCAAUGUUGCGGAAGCAAAUCAGCGCUAUAAAGCAUUUGCUGAAAAAUUCCCACAAAAGAAAGUGCCUUCAGCUUUCCAGUUCGAGACCAAAAAAUCCAUUUCUGAGAACUUGAACAAUUUGGCUCUUUUUGCAUUACACCAUGAUGCCACUAUACCUGUCCUUUAUGCAUACAAGCCUAUAUUCCUUGACUUGGUAGCCCGCUGGAUCGAGAACCCAGAUACGUUUGAAUCGGGCUAUGUUCAGCUUCAUGGACAGAAACAUUCCCCACAAUUUCCAGGCUCCACCAUUUUAUUGGCUUUAUCUCGAAUGACUGAAUUGUUUCCCGAAAGCGACAGCUUGGUUGAAAAAUAUGUGGAUCAGCUUGCAUUGUUUGACCAAAUCGACAGAGCAUUAUCGAAGAACGUUGCGCCAACUGAAUUGCAUCUCGCACUUUUGGCCAUCUUCAGAAUUUACAGUGGGAAACCUCACAAAUUUAAAGCCUACAUUCGCCCACAGACUCUUCAUCACAUAUUGACACUUUCUGAAGAUUAUUCAAUUGCCAAGUUUUUAUGCGUCUCCAUCUUGAGUAGUUAUUUGGAAGCUUCUGAACAAGCUAAAACUGAAAUGAUGAAUACAUACAUCAAGGAAGGACCGCUCUUGGGUACUUAUGACGCAAAUUAUACCAUUGAUUAUCGCUUCAUAUCUUUAGUUGAGGCUAAAAGACUAUCCAAUUUCACAUCUUUACCUACUUCUGUGUCUUGCAAGGAAUCACUCGCUUACAAAAUCAACCUGACUGAUCUUUCUCCCCAUAUUGUCUCUGUUUGUGGUGUGCUUAUUACUCGAAGGAGCGAUAGCUUGGUUCAAGAUAAUUCAGACUGCGUUGAGACUGAAAACUCAGUUCAUGUUUUGCGAACAUUGGCGAAAAUGAUUCAGAACCACAAACCAGUUAUGUUGUAUGGUAAAGCGGGCUCCGGUAAAACGUUCCUCAUUAGCCAAUUGGCCAAGAAUUUGGGCUAUCAUGAUUCCAUAGUGAAGAUUCACUUGGGUGAACAAACCGAUGCUAAAUUGCUUUUGGGUACUUACACAUCUGGCGACAAACCGGGUUCUUUUCUUUGGAGAUCUGGUGUCUUAACAACUGCAGUUAAGGAAGGAAAGUGGGUGUUAGUCGAGGAUAUAGAUAAAGCACCUACAGAAGUCUUAUCGAUUCUCCUUACUUUGCUAGAAAAAAGGGAGUUGAGUAUUCCAUCCAGAGGAGAGGUCAUCAAGGCCCACAGCGGUUUCCAAUUGAUUUCCACGGUGAGGACGCAGGACGAAUCUAGGGUUCCUGAUAUGAUUGGAUCUAGGCUUUGGGAACUUGUUGAAGUUAAGGUUCCCUCAGAAAUGGAACUUAGAAGCAUCCUCGCCACAAAAUUCCCUCUUUUAAAGAACCUAAUUGUCAAAUUCAUUACUGUUUACAACAAAGUACUUCACAUUUAUUCUAUGCCCUCGUUCAUUUCUUUGAACAAAGGUUCUCAUCCCAGAGUGAUCUCAACAAGAGAUUUAAUGAAAUUCUGCUCCAGAUGCAGCUGCAUGUUACAAAACAGGGGCGUGACUUCCUCUGAACAACUCUUAGAAUCUUCCAUUUAUGAGAAUAUUUUUGCAGAAGCAGUUGAGUGUUUCGGCAGUGCCAUAACCGAACAUAAUGCGCUUAUUCCUUUAGUGAACGCUAUUGGAGAGAUUUUGGAAGUGCCAUCAUCUCGAAUCAACCUAUUCCUUGAUACUUAUGUUCCAAAUUUGCACAUUGAUGACGAGAAGAUUGAAAUAGGAAGAGCUGUUCUCAAAAAAUCCGUCGCUGACAAGGCACUUUACGUGAAGAAGAAGACCGGAACUAAUACCGAUUUUGCUAGAACCAAGCAUUCCAAACGCUUAAUGGAACAAAUUGGUGUUGCUGUGGAGAUGGUGGAUUCCGUCCUUCUCGUGGGUGAAACUGGUACAGGUAAAACUACCGUUGUGCAAGAAAUUGCGAAGAUGAUGAACAAGAAGUUGACCGUCAUAAAUGUUUCCCAGCAGACAGAAUCAGGAGAUUUGUUGGGUGGAUACAAGCCUGUCAACACCAAAACAGUAGCGAUUCCUCUUCAAGAAGUGUUAGAAAGUCUUUUUUUGGCUACAUUCUCUCAAAAGAAGAAUGCGAAAUUCUCUGCUCUCUUGACAAAAUGUUUCAACAAGAACCAGUGGAAAAAUGUAAUAAAACUUUGGAAUGAAGCCAUCAAAAUGGCGAGAGAAUUUUUGUCUAAAGUGGAGGAUUCAGAUGAAGACACAAAAGAAGAAGGUGGCCCGAAGAAAAAGAGAAAACUCAGGUCGAGCGAGAAGUCUGUCCUACUUCAAAAGUGGCUCGAGUUCAAGGAAAGCAUUGAAAGCUUCGAGACACAAGCUGCAAAUCUUGAGAGCUCAUUCGUUUUCAGUUUCGUUGAAGGCUCCCUUGUUAAGGCUGUUAGAAACGGUGAGUGGUUGCUUCUUGAUGAAAUCAAUUUAGCAUCUCCCGAUACUCUUGAAAGUAUAGCUGAUUUGCUUUCCGAAAACUUGGAUCAAAGGUCUGUCCUUCUCAGUGAGAGAGGUGACACUGAAGCCGUCAAAGCACACCCUGAGUUCAGAAUUUUUGGCUGUAUGAAUCCUUCCACAGACGUUGGAAAGAAGGAUUUGCCAUUGAGUAUUCGCUCCAGAUUUACAGAGAUUUAUGUUCAUUCUCCAGACAGAGACAGAGAAGAUUUACUUUCAAUCAUCGACAAAUACAUUGCUAGAUACUCUGUGGGAGACGAAUGGGCUGGGAAUGAUAUUGCAGAGUUGUACAUGGAAGCCAAGAAUUUGGCGGAAGCUAACAAGAUUGUGGAUGGUGCCAAUCAAAAGCCCCAUUUCAGUAUUCGUACUUUAACCAGAACUUUGAUUUACGUGCGUGAUAUCGUUGGGAUCUACGGCUUGAGAAGAGCUCUUUACGAGGGAUUUUGCAUGGCCUUUUUGACUUUGCUUGAUAUUGAUUCUGAGAAACUAUUGAAGCCAAUAAUUGAGAAAUACACCAUCGGCAAGCUUAAGAAUGCGAAGCAAAUCGUCUCUAGAUGUCCGCCUGCGCCGUCCUCAAACCCUGACGAGUAUGUUCAAUUCAAACAUUAUUGGAUGAAAAGAGGACCAGGAGAAAUAGGAUCACCAAAUUAUAUCAUUACACCAUUUGUUGAAAAAAACUUGCUCAACUUGGUCAGAGCAACAGCAAGCAGAAAAUUCCCUGUUUUGGUCCAGGGUCCUACAUCAGCUGGUAAGACUUCCAUGAUCAGCUAUUUGGCAAGUAUUACAGGUCACAAGUUUGUUCGUAUCAAUAACCACGAACAUACUGAUUUGCAAGAGUACUUGGGAACUUAUGUCUCUGAUUCAAGCGGUAAAUUAGUGUUCAGAGAGGGUGUCUUGGUUGAAGCUUUGAGAAAAGGUCAUUGGAUUGUCUUGGAUGAAUUGAAUCUUGCUCCUACUGAUGUCUUAGAAGCCUUAAACCGUUUGCUCGAUGACAAUAGAGAGUUGUUCAUUCCAGAGACACAAGAGGUGAUUCAUCCCCAUCCAGACUUUAUGUUGUUUGCCACCCAGAAUCCACCAGGAUUGUACGGUGGUAGAAAGGUACUUUCCAGGGCUUUCAGAAAUAGAUUCUUGGAAUUACACUUCGAUGAUAUUCCUCAGGAUGAGUUGGAGAUUAUUUUGAAAGAGCGAUGCCAAAUUGCUCCCUCUUACAGUAAGAAAAUUGUCGAAGUUUACAAGCAAUUGUCUAUUCGCCGUCAGUCAUCCCGUCUUUUUGAACAGAAAAACUCAUUCGCUACUUUGAGAGAUUUGUUUAGAUGGGCCUUACGUGAGGCUGUCGGAUACGAAGAACUUGCUGCCAACGGAUAUAUGCUAUUGGCGGAAAGAGUCAGAAAUGAUGAAGAGAAACAAGUCGUGAAAGAAGCAAUUGAAAAAGUGAUGAGAGUAAAACUCGACAUGGACUCAUAUUACGAAAAAUUGGAAAACAAAGAUCUUAUGCUGCUCGAGCUGUCCAUUGUUUGGACUAAAGCAAUGAGAAGAUUAGCGGUAUUGGUUGAAACUUCUAUCAAAAACAAAGAACCUCUUUUAUUAGUUGGUGAAACAGGCUGCGGUAAGACUACUGUCUGCCAAGUUUUGGCUCAAUUGAUGGGAAGAAAAUUAAUUACUGUCAACGCUCAUCAGAAUACUGAAACAGGUGAUAUUUUGGGUGCACAGAGACCACUUCGUAACCGAUUUGAGGUUAGAGCUGAGCUUCUUAAGAGUUUAGUUGCCUUCUUUACUUCUGCCAACAUUGAAAUUGCAAUUGAGAACGCAAACACUGAAGAUUUGGUGAAAAAGUACAAACAGGUCAAGACGAAAGUUCUUGAGGAUGAGAGUAACGACAUUGGCAAAGAAGAUGUGGCGCUUAUUGACGAAAAGAUUAAGAAUUCUUCCGCAUUAUUCGAAUGGAUGGAUGGCCCCUUAAUUCAGGCUAUGAAACUGGGCGAUUUCUUUUUGCUCGAUGAAAUCUCUUUAGCUGACGAUUCUGUAUUGGAGAGAUUAAACUCCGUUUUGGAACCAGAAAGAAGCUUGUUGUUGGCAGAAAAAGGAACCGAAGAUGCUUUCCUUACUGCGAAAGACACCUUCCAGUUUCUUGCCACGAUGAAUCCAGGUGGUGAUUACGGUAAGAAAGAGUUAUCCCCUGCAUUAAGAAACAGAUUUACUGAAAUUUGGGUUCCUUCAAUGGACGAUUUCAAUGACGUGAAGCUUAUUGUUUCUUCUAGAUUGUCACCACAAUUUUCUAGUCUCUGUGAACCUUUGGUGUCUUUCUCUUACUGGUUUGGAAAGCGCCUCGGAAACGGGAAUGCAAACAGUGGAGUUAUUUCGCUUCGUGAUAUAUUGGCAUGGGUCGAGUUUAUCAACUCGUGUGACAAUGCUAUUGUUCCUGAAGCUGCACUUAUUCACGGUGCUUCUAUGGUUUUCAUCGAUGCUUUAGGGACAAAUAAUACAGCAUAUCUCGCAGAGAAUGAAGAAAAGCUCGCUCAAUACAAGAAAGAAUGUGUGAACGAGUUGAGUGGCAUCAUUGGUUCAAACUUGGACAAAUAUUUAGAGUCUAAACUGUGUCAAGUUGAACUUAAUAUCCAAGCAUUAAAAGCAGGCUUAUUCUCAAUUCCACGUUUGCCAAAUGAAAAGUGGGACGAUCCAUUCAACUUGCACGCUCCAACAACUUCGGCAAAUGCUAUGAGAGUAAUUAGAGCUAUGCAAGUCCACAAACCAAUCUUGUUGGAAGGAAGUCCAGGUGUUGGUAAAACAAGUUUGAUUUCUGCAAUUGCGAAGGCGACAGGUAAUCCAUUGAUUCGUAUCAACUUGUCUGAACAGACAGACUUAAUUGAUUUAUUUGGAUCGGAUGCUCCUGUUGAAGGUGGCCAAACUGGUGAAUUUGUUUGGAGAGAUGCGCCAUUUCUUCGUGCGAUGAAGAACGGUGAAUGGGUUUUGCUUGAUGAGAUGAACUUAGCCUCUCAGUCUGUUUUGGAGGGUUUAAAUGCUUGUUUGGAUCAUAGAGGAGAAGCUUAUAUCCCUGAAUUAGACAGGUCCUUUCCUCGUCACCCCGAUUUCAAAGUCUUCGCGGCCCAAAACCCACAAUAUCAGGGAGGAGGGAGAAAAGGUUUACCCAAAUCUUUUGUUAACCGUUUCACGGUGGUAUACGUGGAUACAUUGAAGUCAGAAGACUUGGUAUUGAUUUCUCACCAAAUAUUCCCCAACAUUCCGUCUGAGGAUUGUUCAAAGAUGAUUGCUUUCAUGUCUAAAUUGGAGGAAGAAGUUGUAAUCAAAAAGACUUGGGGCACGUCGGGUGGUCCAUGGGAAUUCAAUUUGCGUGACACUUUAAGAUGGCUAAGCUUGUACAACUCUAAGCAUAACUUCAUUAAGGAAGGCUUAACUCUCGGUGAUUUCUUAAAUAUGAUUGUUUGCCAGAGAUUUAGAGCACCCGAGGAUCGAGCUCACGUUAUCGAGAUCUUCAAUUCUAUUUUCGGUAAACAAGAGUCAAAAGAUCCUUUUUACGCCUUGGGUCCCGACUAUGUUCAAGCAGGUGGAGCUCUUAUCAAAAGAAGAGAUACCAUUCAAAACUCUAAUUCUGUUGACCGAAUCAAUUUUAUUCCUUUGCAAUCUAAUUUCCAAGUGAUUGAGUCUGCUAUAAGAAGUGUUAACGAAAAUAUUCCUUUGAUAUUAACAGGUCCUACAAAGUCUGGAAAAACCGAGCUUGUGAGAUUCCUAGCCAAUGUGGUGGGAGUAAAAUUAUGCGAGUUUGCUAUGAACAGUGAUGUUGACAGCAUGGACAUCUUGGGUGGUUAUGAACAGGUUGAUCUUACUCGAGCCAUCACAGAAAUCACAUCUUCGGUGUAUGAGAUUUUAGACGAGUUGGUGGUUUUGAACUUGCAGGUUAGUACAGCUGAACCAUUGUUGCUUUCGAGAUCGUUAAGUUUGUUGCAGUUUUUGGAAACCACAGCUGUUGCUGCUGAAAACUUCGAUACUUUUGUCAGCCAUUUCAAAGGUUUCCUUUCUCUAUACUCGAAUGAUAAGUUGACUAAAAUUCUUGAAGAAGCAUUAGAUUUGGCUAAACGUCUCAAAGAGACCGCAACAGUUAAAUUCAAAUGGUUUGAUGGAUUGUUAGUCCAAUCUGUGAUGAGAGGAGACUGGCUUGUCCUAGACAAUGCCAACUUGUGCAAUGCUUCUGUGCUUGACAGACUUAACUCUUUGUUGGAAACGAAUGGUUCGUUGAUCAUCAACGAAUGCAGUGCUCCUGACGGAUCACCUAGAGUAUUAAAGCCACAUCCGAAUUUUAGACUCUUUUUGACAGUGGAUCCAAAGUAUGGGGAAUUGUCGCGUGCAAUGAGAAACAGAUGUAUUGAAGUUUACAUGGAAAGCUUGGACCAAAGAAGUACUUCUUUCGAUAAGAAAUGCUUGGGGAUUGAAACUGAAAAGUAUGAAGAAGAAAAAUCGAAGACAGACAUUGCAGAGCAGUUAGAACAUUUACAAGUUAGCGAAGAAUCCUCGGCUGUACUCCCUUUGACAGCCUUUGUCUCGUGCACCGACUCUUCCAUGAGAAGCCUUGUGUUGCUUCAUGAUGUUAUUAUUGAAGCAAACGAAGACAUCAUUGUUAGUGCUUUGAGUGGCGUGUUGACUUUAUCUCAAGUUAGGACUUUCGACGCUUGGAUGUCAGUCGCGCUUGAAAUAGACGAGUUUUCUAGUACUGAGAAAGAUUUGCUUCAGCAACUUUUGGAUCUUGUAUCCCACUUGAGUGAAAGCGGAUUCGUCUCGCAAAUGGAGAAGUUAUACUCAACAACUGACGAAUCAAAAAUUACACCAUCAUCUUUUGCGAGAAACCAAAGUUUGCAUCCUUUGAUCAACAACUACAUUACGGGUUACAUAUCUCGGAAUGCUUCACAUAUCGAAUCUGGAGAACCAACCAUGGCUCUUCAGGUUGCAUCAGGAUUAGUCAUGUCUAAGAUUUAUCUUGCAAAGUUGAACACAAAGGCUAUGCAAGGAAAGGUUAGUGACCUUUCCUUUUUGGAGAUGUCUGCUGCUCACAACCUUGGAAGAAAUAUCAAGAAGGUUCCAAAAAUUGACAUUUAUGGGUACGUGAAAAGUUUGAGUAUUUUCAUUUCUCAAGUUUUCAAUGCAAGCUUGAAUGACUUUUGCAACAUUGAAAGCCCUCUUUACUCUUGGCUUUUAGACCUCCAAAUCAUCUGGAAAGCAUUGGUUGAAGCCUCAAAACAGCAAAACAUCUCUAAGUUGAGGGUUUACCACUCCAUGGUGACACAUUGGGUUGAGAGUCACCAGGAAGAGAGUUUGAUCCUGAAGUUUGCACACGAUAUCUCUGCCUUGAAUAUUGGGUUGCAAUUGACUUCGGGCUUUUCAAUGACCAAAAUCUGGGAGAGAUUUAGACAAGUGUAUCCAAGCUCAGAAUCUGCAUGGGAGAAUUAUGCGAGCUUGUUAGCGUUGCUUAAUGACUUCGAUUUACUUUCGACCAAAUUAUACCCAGAAACCAACUCAGAGAUUUCAACGCUUCGCAUCAUGAUUAUUGAUAUUUAUGAAUCGAUUAUCAACAAUGAUUCCAACAGAGAAGUAUUGAGCGAUUUGUUCGAGAAUCUUAACUCAGCUAUCAAGAGGCUUGCUGAACUUGCUCAAACAUUUAACAUUACGCGCUGUAACCAAUUCGGAGACGAGUUUACAUUGUUGUCUAACUUUGUGGAAGUUAGUGGUUACUUUAGUGAGUCUACUUUCGACAAGCAAUUGUUUUUGGCAAAUUAUUCGGGUAAAUCUACUCUUGCACUCAUUCAUGGUUCGAAGAAGGAUAUCUUUGCACCUUACCCAAGAAUUUUCGACAGUCUUUGGACAUCGAAACAUGGAGAAGGAUUAUCUUCUUUAGUUAGUGGCCUUUUCACAAACGACUUGAUCACUAAAGCUUUAGACAAGAGUGUGAAAUUUGAGACCUUUCCAGGAAGACAUCUCGAUCAAAACUUGAAUGAUUUGAAAACUCUUAGUUCUGAAUUAGUUGAGAAUUCGCUCUCUCUUCUUGAAGACCAGAAACAGAAGUUCGAAAAGAUUUUGAUACGUUGGACGUUGGAGGUCGUGCUGGCGCAUGGUGUGUCAGGAAUUGAAAACUUUUCCCUCUCUGAGGAGAACAUCGCACGUCUAUCAGAACUAAUUAGCAACCAAACUGAAAGUGAAGUGAAUGCAGUGUUCCAAGACUACAUUAUGCCUGCAUUAUUUAUCAUCGCUAAUUCGCCUGAUUCAACACAACUUGGAAAAGCAUGGGUUCUCUUUUCCGCUGGCUUGAUCCAGCUUUUCGUUCCGAACUCACCUUUAGAUCCUGCAAUUGAAGAAUACGUUGCGUAUGAUCUUCUCGAGAUGCAAAAGAAGAUGUCAAACGAUUUAAUUCAAUCCUGGAAAUCAGUGCGGACAACAAUCAGUGGAGAUCAAACAAUUGCUCCUGAAAGAUAUAUUCCUAACCUCAGUCAGGAGAGUAUGGAGAAACCUCGUGUUUUUAGAAAAGAUGAAAGUUUGGAUGGUUUGUUCGAAGAGUGGAACGCUUUCAUGAAAUCUUCUAUUGACGUUGAGCCAGUGAAGCAAUUGUUGCAAGCCGCAGAGAAGAGUGUAGAAGAAAGGAACAGCCAGAUUGUGGGAAUUUUCCAAAAUAACUCUUCCAACUUUAUGUUGCGUCUAGGCUCAAAAUUCUUUCUUUACGCGGAUUUGAAUGACAUUUUGAAUGGUUACAUAUAUGGUCUUCGGUUUGGGGUGGAGUUGAUGUCCAUUGAAUCAAGAAGCAAAAAUGCAUCUUUCGAUGUUUCAUCCACCUGGCCCUUGAAUAUAGUUGAUCUUUUACGCCCAGACUCCGUGGAGUCUACGUUCAAUAUUGUUCAACAAAUUAGCAAAACUUUUGAUGCUGGUUCCACUUUGAGCGAAAAAUUGAUGCUUUACUUUGUCAAUUUGUGUUUCUCACAAAAACGCUCGGUUGAGGAUGCUUCGUUGGAUCCUGUGCUCAAUAAGGCUUUCCAGUCCAUCUACUAUAGAUGGUAUUACCGCAGAAUGAAGGAGGAGGAGAAAGCUGCUCAAGAAGGUUCUCUUUACAAACAUACAGAUACCGAUGAUGCAGAGAAGGAUUUCAAAGAGCUUUUCCCUGAUUAUGAUGAAGUCAUGGGCCUUGAAACAGACAAAAUCAAAGUAUCUGAAGAUUUUGAGGACGUUUACGUUCAAAUCGUCUCUCUGUACAUGAAGCACUUUUUGGAAGGUGAAUCAUUCACACUUAAAGACACAGUCAUUGAUGGCGCCAAGAUAUGCUCCUCGAUGCAAAGUUUUGAUUUUGCAUAUGAUACGAUUAACCCAUCUUAUGUUUCCGCUUUGCUCUUGAACAUGGACAGGGCACACAGCAAGUUUUCCGAAAGGGGAGUUACAGAAAUCAACUUUUACUACGACGAAAACCCGGCAGAGUACAGCAUAGCUAUGUCGAUCAUGCUUUCAAUUAAUAAUGCAGUCGCUGGAUUGCUUGCUCAAUGGCCUGAGCACUCGACUUUACAAAAUAUUUCAAGAACAACUAACGAAUUUUUGAAUUGUCCUUCGAACCUGCCUUUAGCACAAUUGCUUCAUAAAGUUGAGGUUGUCUUCAAUUACUUGAAUGAGUGGCAGAAGUUUGCGUCCAGUCAAGUUACUUUGAAAUACCACUAUGAUGAAUUGAUCAAGCUCAUCGUCUCAUGGAGAAAGUUGGAGCUCUCUUCUUGGAAGGCAUUAUUUCAUUUCGAAGAUAUGAAAUGCGAAAAGAAUUUGGGAAAAUGGUGGUUCCACUUGUUCGAAAGUAUUAUCAUUCCAUUUAGUCUGGAAAAUGAAUCUGAGGAAAAGCCAUCAGUUGUGCAAGUUUUGAGUGCAUUGAACAUCUUUAUUAGCGACACUACUUAUGGUGAAUUUGGUCUUAGAUUGAAAUUGGUGAAGGCUUUUGCGAAUCAUGUCACGUCUCUUCGCUUAGACAACGGCGGAAUCUCGAAUGGGGGCUGCAACUUCGUUGCCUUCUAUGAGCAAUUCAUUCUUCGUAUUGAAGAAUCAAUGAACGAAACGAAGAAGACUUUGGAAAAGGAUGUGAAUGAAGUUAUUCUCCUUGCCAGUUGGAAGGAUGUCAACAUUGAUGCUUUGAAACAGAGUUCUCGCCGCUCCCAUAAUAACCUCUUCAAGGUUGUGAGGAAGUACCGGACUUUGUUGAGUACUCCCGUGAUGCCCCUAAUCGAGUCAGGUGUUUCAGAAGUUACGAAAGCAAUAAUUUCCUCUAAGGAAGCAAGAGCUGUUCAAUUUUUGGAUAGGACAAAGGCUGAAAAGAUGGUUAUUUUGAAAGCGUGCUCUCAGAUUCUGACCUGGAACGAAAGACCCAACAGGUUGAAGAACAUUGAAACCAUUGAAAAUAACAUGAAAAUCUACAUCGAAAAGAUUGCACAUGCUGAAGUUCCGUCUAUUUACGAAUAUGCAAAGGAAGUGGUGGAAGAAAUGAAGAAACUCCGGGAAGACACCCCAAAAGUUUUGAAUGAUCAAACCCAAGAAAACUGUGGCAGCUUUUGA